AUGUCGGAAGCUGAGAAGCCUACCCAGCCAGCUGCUGCGGCUGCUGAUGCCCCCGUCGCUGCUGAGGCGAUUCCAGAGAAGCCACAUGAACAUCAACCUGCGGAUGACAAACCCUCCCAGAACGAACCGGCUGAGAAGUCAGAAACUCCUUCUACCCAAACGCCAGCUGCUGUUGCUCCUUCUGUCACCCCUACCGCUGCGGCUCCUGCCCAGUCAUCAGAUGCAGAUGCCAUUGAGGCCCAAAAGAAAGAUGAGCCUGCUCCUGCACCCACACCCGCACCGGAAACUAAGACCCCCGAAGCUCCUGUUGACAACCGACCAGAGUACCUGUCAAAGAACCCGGCCCUGAGCCAAUUCUUUGAAAAGCUCGCGUCCAUUCUCAAGAAAACCGGCCACAACGAGAUGUGGGGUGUCACCCUCAAGGAUUCCGAUGACGUGCCCACUGUCAAUGUUUUGAUUAAGUUCCUCCGCGCAAACGAGGGUAAUGUCAAGCUGGCUGAAGAGCAGUUGACCAAGGCUUUGGAAUGGCGCAAGAAAAUGGAUCCCCUGGCACUGGCCGAGAAGGCUACGUACAGCGCAAGCAAGUUCCAGGGCCUGGGCUAUGUUGCCAAUUAUAAAGAUCCGAAAGGGGGAAAUGUCGUUUUUACUUGGAAUGUAUAUGGUGCUGUUAAAGAUGUUAAUAACACUUUUGGUGAUGUCGAUGAAUUCAUCAAAUGGAGAGUCGCAUUGAUGGAACUGGCCGUUCGAGACCUGAAGCUCAGCGAAGCCACAUCCGUAAUCGACUACAACGGCGAAGACAACUUUCAAAUGAUCCAAGUCCACGACUACCAACACGUCAGCUUCCUCCGCCUAAACCCCACCAUCAGAAACUCCACAAAGCAGACCAUCGAAGUCUUCAGCACCGCAUACCCAGAACUCCUCAAGGAGAAAUUCUUCGUCAACGUUCCCGCCGUCAUGGGGUGGAUCUUCACCGCUCUCAAGGUGUUCUUGAGCAAGAAUACCAUCAGAAAAUUCCACCCCAUCACCAAUGGCGCGAAUCUGGCUCGUGAAUUCACUUUCGCUGAUGAGCUUCCGAAGUCUUAUGGUGGUAAGGCUGCCGAGUUGCGGGAGAGUGCGAGAACUGUGACGCUGAAAGAGGAUACUCCCGCACCUACCCUAGCGGCUCCAGCUGCGGAAACCAACGGAGCUGCUGCAAAGGAUGCGACACAGAACGCGAAGGUGGAGACUGCUAAGCCUCCGGAAGAUGCAAAACCGGCUGAAACGGCUGCUGCGUCCGCACCUGCACCAGCGCCAGCGCCUGCCCCGGUUGAAGCUGCUGCUCCCGCUGUAGCUGAGAAACCUGCCGCACCUGCUCUCACAACAGCGGCGACUCCUACGGCUUAA